UCAGGCAGGCUGGAGUGUGUGCAGGGUGAACGAGUGUAUGUCCUUACUCUGAGCAGCUGUGUGCUCAGGGCCGCAGUGUUUGCUGAAGCGCGCGUGUGUGUCUGUCUCGAAGCUCAUGGCCUAAUCUAAGGUUCCUGUAGAUGGUAGUGUGAGCUGGUAGCUGAAGUGUGUGUUGGGUGUAUGGAGUGGGAGCCUCGGGCCAUGCUGCCUCUUCACACACGGACGACUCGUCUGCCCAGGGUGGCUGGACUACUGCUGUUGCUGCUGCUGGCCACAUACACGCAUGCAGACAGCAUGCCCAGUUUCAUCAAGUCUCCUGAAGAUCAGAUAGGUAUCUCUGGCGGCGUGGCGUCCUUCGUGUGCCAGGCAGUGGGGGAGCCAAAACCACGCAUCACCUGGAUGAAAAAGGGGAAGAAAGUCAGCUCCCAGCGCUUUGAGGUGAUUGAGUUUGAUGAUGGCUCAGGCUCGGUGUUGAGGAUCCAGCCGUUGAGGACACACAGAGAUGAGGCGAUUUAUGAGUGUACGGCCACUAACAGCGUGGGGGAGAUCAACACCAGCGCCAAACUCACUGUGCUGGAAGAGGACCAGAUCCCUCAUGGUUUUCCCACCAUAGACAUGGGCCCCCAGCUGAAAGUAGUUGAGAGGACGCGUACGGCCACCAUGCUCUGUGCAGCCAGUGGAAAUCCUGAUCCAGAAAUUUCCUGGUUUAAGGACUUCCUGCCCGUAGACAUCAACGGCAGCAAUGGCAGAAUCAAGCAGCUUCGCUCAGGUGCAUUACAGAUAGAGAACAGCGAGGAGUCGGACCAGGGCAAGUAUGAGUGCGUGGCGAUGAACAGCGCAGGAACUCGCUACUCCGCCCCAGCCAACCUUUACGUCAGAGACCAGCGGGAAGUCCGACGCGUUCCACCGCGCUUCUCUAUCCCCCCCACCAACCACGAGGUGAUGCCAGGGGGCAGUUUAAACCUCACCUGCGUGGCGGUGGGUGCCCCCAUGCCCUACGUCAAGUGGAUGACUGGAGACGUGGAACUAACGAAGGAAGAGGAGAUGCCCAUUGGACGGAACGUUCUGGAGCUGACCAACAUCCGCCAGUCUGCUAAUUACACCUGUGUGGCCAUUUCUUCUCUGGGCAUGAUUGAGACCACCGCUCAAAUUACUGUAAAAGCCCUACCUCGGCCCCCCACCUCUCUGAUCGUUACGGAGACCACGGCCACCAGUGUGACUUUAACGUGGGAUUCGGGUAAUCCAGAGCCAGUUUCAUAUUAUGUGAUCCAGUAUCGGGCAAAAAACUCAGACAACGGCUUCCAGGAAGUAGAUGGAGUAGCUUCUACUCGCUACAGCAUCGGAGGCCUCAGCCCGUAUUCGGAGUAUGAGUUCAGAGUGAUGGCGGUGAAUAAUAUUGGCCGCGGGCCCCCUAGUGGAACUGUCGAGACAAGAACAAGCGAACAGGCACCAUCUUCACCACCUUUGAGUGUCCAGGCCCGCAUGCUGAGUGCCACCACCAUGCUGGUGCAGUGGGAGCCUCCCGAGGAACCAAACGGCAACAUCAGGGGCUAUCGAGUGUAUUACACCCCUGAACUGAACAGUCCGCUUAGCACCUGGCACAAACACAACACAGACGACAGCCGCCUCACCACCAUCUCAGGCCUGGUGCCAGACAUCACGUACAGCCUGAGGGUGCUGGGCUUCACUUCAGUGGGAGACGGGCCGCCUUCCGAUGUGUUGCAGGUUAAAACUCAGCAAGGAGUACCUGCCCAGCCCACUGAUUUUGAAGCUGAAGCGGAGCUAGACACUCGGAUCAUGUUGACUUGGCUCUGGCCUGUUCAGGACCAGAUCACCAAAUAUGAGCUCACAUACUGGGAGGCUGACUCUGGACCAAAGAACCAUGUGAGCUUUGACCCAGCUGGUUCUUAUGCUGUGGAAAACCUGAAGCCUGACACUCUCUACAAGUUUACGCUGGCUGCGCGUUCUGAAAAGGGUUUGGGUGUUUACACACAGCCAGUCGAGGCCCGAACUGCCCAGUCCACCCCAUCUGCACCCCCACAGGAAGUGCAUCUGCUCAGCCUUACCUCUACUAGCAUCAAGGUGAGUUGGGUGGCGCCUCCUGCUGCCAGUCGCCAUGGGAACAUUGUGCGCUACUCCUUGUCCUAUCAAGCAGUCUCUGGCGAGGACCGAGAGCGCCAUGAAGUGACGGAUAUCCCAGCUGAGACAUCCAGCUAUGUACUAGAGGGACUGGAGAAGUGGACAGAGUACCAGGUUUGGGUUAAAGCCCAUACCGAUGUUGGGCCCGGUCCUGAGAGCAGCAGCACCCGCAUCAGAACCAAAGAGGACGUGCCCGGUGCUCCUCCGAGAAAAGUAGAGGUGGAUGUAAUGAACUCUACAACUCUACGAGUGACAUGGAAGCCCCCGCUGGCCCAGAAGCAGCACGGUCAAAUCCGUGGAUAUCAGGUGGUCUACUCACGUCUGGAGAAUGGAGAGCCACGCGGCCUGCCGAACAUCCUGGAUGUGGCACUGCCAGAGGCUCAGUGGGUUGCAGAAGACUCCACGGACCAUGAGGCCUUCAUCACAGGCCUGCAGGCGGAGACCUCCUACUCCAUCACUGUAGCAGCAUACACUACUAAAGGGGAUGGAGCCCGCAGUAAAGCUAAAGUGGUGACCACAGCUGGAGCAGUCCCAGGCAAGCCCACCAUGAUCAUUAGCACCACUAUAGGAAACACGGCUCUGAUCCAGUGGCAGCCCCCUAAAGAGAUAGUCGGGGAGCUGGUAGGUUACAGGCUGCAGUACAAACGUGAGGAGGAUGAGUCCUUCACAGUCCGAGAAUUCAAACGCGAUGACGACCACUUCACCGUCACCGGCCUGCACAAGGGUGCCACCUACGUCUUCAAACUGAGCGCCAAGAACCGUGCCGGAAGUGGCGAGGAAUGCACCAAAGAGGUCACAACCCCUGAGGACAUUCCCGGCAGCUACCCGCAGAACCUGAAUGUGGUGGGGCUGACCACCAGCUCCACCAAGCUGGCCUGGGACCCCCCGCCGCUUGCAGAGAGAAACGGCAAGAUUAUACGCUACAUGGUGGUGUACAGAGACAUAAAUAGUCAACAGAAUAACACCAUUAGCACCACAAACACAAGCAUGACCAUAAAUGGACUGCAGCCAGACACCACGUACGACAUCAGGGUCAGGGCCUUUACUAGUAAAGGAGGUGGACCCCUCAGCCCCAGCAUCCAGAGUAGGACCAUGGCCACCUCUAUGCCAGAGUUCACCAAAAACUUUGGAGUGAAAGCCGUGAUGAAGUCGUCUGUUUUGCUCACUUGGGAGGUGCCCGAAACAUACAAGUCUCAAGCACCUUUCAAGAUCCUGUAUAAUCAGCAGAGUGUGGAGGUGCAGGGAGACCUGAAGAGGAAGCUGAUCACUCGCUUGCAGCCGGACACGGAUUACUCCUUCGUUCUGAUGAGCAGAGGCAACAGCGCAGGUGGGCUGCAGCAACAGGUGUCCAUCCGCACCGCACCAGACCUGCUGACCAGCAAACCAGCCAGAUAUGCACAUGACCCUGAGGAGGGAGGAAAGCUCACCAUCACUCUGCCCAGAGUCCAUUCCAGCAUCAGCACACGUAUCAGGUGUUACUACAUAGUGGUGGUGCCUGUGACUCCAGGCAAACCACGUCACUGGGAAAGCCCAGAAGACAUGGAUCUAGAUGAGCUGUUAGAGGCUGGUGGAGAAUCCAGUUUGAGUAAACGGCGGAAGAGGCAAUCACCGGAUUUCCUGCGGCCGUACAUCGCUGCCAAACUCAAAACUCUCCCUGAGACCUUCAUCCUGGGGGACGAGAAAACCUACAACAGCUUUUACAACAAAGCCCUGCCCGGCCAGCAGCAGUACUGCAUCUUCAUACUGGCUGCUCUCCAAGACCACGACUCAAAAACGUUUGCUGCGAGUCCAUUCUCCGACCCCAUCAUGGUGCGGCUCCACAGCGGGAUGUCCCGGCAUGCAGAGGAUCCUGAGAUGCUGUGGGUGAUGGGACCAGUACUUGCCGUCAUUCUCAUUAUCAUCAUUGUAAUUGCCAUCCUCCUCUUCAAAAGCAAGCAGGAGAGGAAGCGAGCCUCUCCCUCAGCGAAAGAUGAGCACUCUGCCGGAGUGAAGGAUCAUCUGCUAGCCCACUCCUCCGACCCUGUAGAGAUGAGAAGACUCAACUACCAAACACAAGGUUCCAGUGCCCCCAGUUGCCCGAAUACUCCAAGGAUGAGAGAGCACCCGCCUGUUUCCGUGUGUGACCUAGCUGACCACAUAGAGCGACUCAAAGCCAACGACGGCCUGCGCUUCUCACAGGAAUAUGAGUCAAUUGACCCUGGCCAACAGUUCACCUGGGAGCACUCCAACCUAGAGGUCAACAAGCCAAAGAACCGCUAUGCAAACGUCAUUGCUUAUGAUCACUCCAGAGUCAUCCUGACUCCCAUUGAUGGUGUGCCGGGGAGUGACUACAUCAAUGCUAACUACAUUGACGGCUAUAGGAAACAGAACGCAUACAUUGGCACACAGGGGCCUCUCCCCGAAACACUCAGUGAUUUCUGGAGGAUGGUGUGGGAGCAGAGGGCCAACACCAUUGUCAUGAUGACCAAACUGGAAGAGAAAUCUAGAGUGAAGUGUGAUCAGUACUGGCCAAGUAGAGGGACGGAGACGUACGGGAUGAUUCAGGUCAGCAUGCUGGACACUGUGGAGCUUGCCACCUACAGCGUCAGAACAUUCGCUCUAUACAAGAAUGGCUCCAGUGAGAAGAGAGAGGUGCGGCAGUUCCAAUUUAUGGCCUGGCCGGACCACGGCGUUCCCGAAUAUCCUACACCCAUCCUGGCCUUCCUGCGCAGAGUUAAAGCCUGCAACCCACCAGACGCAGGACCAAUGGUGGUUCAUUGCAGUGCGGGUGUUGGAAGGACAGGCUGCUUCAUCGUGAUCGACGCCAUGCUGGAGCGCAUGAAGCACGAGAAGUCGGUGGAUAUUUACGGUCAUGUGACUUGCAUGCGAGCUCAGAGGAACUACAUGGUGCAGACGGAGGAUCAGUAUGUGUUUAUUCAUGAAGCCCUGCUGGAGGCUGCCACCUGUGGACACACUGAGGUUCCGGCCCGCAGCCUCUACACACACAUCCAAAAACUCACCCAGGUGCCCGCCGGAGAGACCGUCACAGCCAUGGAGCUGGAGUUCAAGAAAUUAGCCAACUCCAAAGCACAUACCUCUAGAUUCAUCAGUGCCAACCUGCCAUGCAACAAGUUUAAGAACAGACUUGUCAACAUUAUGCCCUUCGAGUCGACCCGUGUGUGUCUUCAGCCAAUCAGAGGAGUGGAGGGCUCCGACUACAUCAAUGCCAGCUUCAUCGACGGAUACAGGCAGCAGAAGGCCUACAUUGCCACACAGGGUCCUCUGGCUGAGACCACUGAGGACUUCUGGAGAAUGCUGUGGGAGCACAACUCCACCAUUGUAGUAAUGCUGACUAAACUCCGAGAGAUGGGACGAGAGAAGUGUCAUCAGUACUGGCCAGCUGAGCGCUCUGCACGCUAUCAGUACUUUGUGGUGGACCCUAUGGCUGAGUACAAUAUGCCUCAGUACAUCCUCCGCGAGUUUAAAGUCACAGAUGCCAGGGAUGGCCAAUCCAGGACCAUUCGGCAGUUCCAGUUUACUGAUUGGCCAGAGCAAGGGGUGCCAAAGACGGGAGAGGGCUUUAUCGACUUCAUUGGCCAGGUGCACAAAACCAAGGAACAGUUUGGCCAGGAUGGACCAAUUACUGUUCACUGCAGUGCUGGUGUGGGUCGUACCGGAGUAUUUAUCACUCUGAGCAUCGUUCUGGAGCGGAUGAGAUAUGAGGGAGUGGUGGAUCUGUUCCAGACGGUCAAAACACUCCGCACUCAGAGACCCGCCAUGGUCCAAACAGAGGACCAAUACCAGCUGUGUUACAGGGCGGCUCUGGAGUACCUGGGCAGCUUUGAUCACUAUGCAACGUAACCGCUCACGGAAAUCUCCGGAAAGCCCUGGAACGCCCCCUCAGGAGAGCAGCCAGUUCUUUCUGAGCCAAAACCAACCCCACUGAAUCAGUACGCAGGCUGUGGGAGAGAGAGAGAGAGAGAGAGAGAUGAAGAGGACGAGGGAGAGAAGAGUAUAGAAAGUAAAGAAAGUAAAGGAGAGUCACAGUUGAAAGGAGCGACUUCACACUGUCGUCCAAACCUGGGUCCAUCCCUUUUCCAGAAAGCAUCCAAAAAACAAGAAACAUGCCGUUCUGGUAUCUAUAUUACUGUACAACAUCUCCUGUCUCUGUAAUCCUGCUGAGAAUGCAAAGUACCUUACUGAUUUUUUAUGACUACCAUUUUUAUUGCCAUCUCCAUAUUAAUCAUUAUCAUCACCAUUAUUAUUAUUAUUCUGAUUAAUAAUAUUAUUAUUGUUAUUACAAUACAAUACAGUUGUACCUACAACACAAGUAUGUUAUUUUUGUCAUUUAUGCUGGUUAUUUCAUCUAUUUUAUCUGUAUGGGGUCUGUUUUUAUUUUUUUUUUUCACAUAAUGUUAUUCAUUUAUGAUUUUAUUAUUAUAUGGUCUUUUAUGUUUAGCACAGGGGCAUGUAUUUUAACAUGACCCAGAUAACUCAUAUUAGAGGACUCAUACUCUGAGCUGCUGAUCAUUUCUUACUUUUUAUUAUCAUUAUUAUGCUAUUUUUAUCGAUCUGCUCUUAUUCAGUGGGAGAGGGCGAAGAUCUUUAGGACCUUUUCAGCUCCUGAUACUUUACUGAACAAUUAUCUAUGUUAAAAAAUAGAUCAAAUGGCAUAAUGCCACAGUUAGAGGACCACCUGAGAAAAAUGCCAUGUACAGACUCUGGCUCUGAUUUAAAAGAAAAAAAUAGCUGUAAACUGUGAUUUUUCUGGUAUCUUUUCACUCAAAAAGGGUCUCUCAGUGAAAAUCAAUGGCAUGUGUGCUGUCCAAGCAAAGCCUUUGUUUUCCCAAGCCAAAGGUCAACUUGUGCUGACAGCCACUCAGAAAAGAAAGGUUAGACUGUGGUCAAAGAAGCGGCUUAGACAAAGUCGAUUACUCAUUGGCGACGUCUAUAAUGGGGAUAAAAAUACAACAGUUUGUUUACUUAUAAGGGAAAGCACUCUGUAAUGCUCUGUAAUGUUUAUGUGAUCCACAUGGUCAUUCUGACAGAUUGCAAUACGCUACAGGAAGUGUAGGGGGCGAUAUGGCAUAUAUUGUUUCGUUGAACCAUAAAAGAAGAAAUUGCUCAUCACAUAGAUGGAACUUGGAAUGAUGGCGCAAUGAUAAAAUUAGUCGAUUAAUUGAAUAUUAAGCAAUAGAUUAAUUGAUUUGAGAAACAGUAAAAGCCCCAGAAUCAUUACAAAAUGUCCAAAAUAGCUGCCAACCACAGUGUCUGGGCGAAACGUGUAUUCUGGCCCAUUAUCCUGACUGGAGUUAGAAAUCCCCAGCCCAAACUCUGUAUGCGUGGUACGAUACCAUAACUGCCAUACGAUCAUAUCUCACUGUGGCUCAGAAAGAUGGACUACAAUAACAUAAAAAGAAGCAACACUGGACGGAGAAUUUCUGCUCAACUCAAGUGUUUCCUUCUCCCCAACGGCCUGAGCGCAAAGUGAGGUGGAUUGGAACAUGCGGGACCAGGCAGAUGAUUCAUUUCACUUUGUGUUCGGAGCGAGAUGUAAGAGGGUUCAAUCUGUUGUACAUGCAGUCUGUUUUCUAUUUGUUAAUAAAAUAAUAAAAAAGCAAAGAGAAAAUAUGUUCCAAAAACCUUGAUGUUAAUAAAGUUGAAUAAUUGGGUUUUGUA